GUUUACGAGUACUCUGUAGAUUAACUUAGACGAAGCACUACGCUGGGUCGAUAUAGAAAGUUGUAAACACUUUGACGAAUACUAAAGUAAAUCUUACUAGUGAAAGCUUUCUAGAAAGUAACUUGCGAGCUAAUUAAAUUCAAGUUUGAGGCAGGAUUUAUUAAACGCAAUUAAAUUACCGUUAUAAAAAUUGAGUAUCUGUCUUUGCAAAAAUGGCGAUGUAAAGCCCACUAUGGCAUGUUUCUAUGUGGAGUCUACAGUCCCAACGAAGGUGUACACUGUGAGAAUAGUCAUGCUUGGUGCGUGUUCAGGAAAGUCUGCAAUAGCCGUGCGAUUCGUAUCUGAUCGCUUUGAAGAAAAGUCCUUCAAAACUGUUGGAGCCGUCUACAGAUGCAAGAAAAUGGAAAUUGACGACGAUCUUGUAUGCUUCCAAGUGUGGGACACAUCAGGAAAUGCUAAAUACACCGAAAUCAGUAAAAUGUAUCUUCGAGGAGCGCACGUUGCCAUGUUGGUUUAUGACGUCACUAAGCCGAGUACUUUCGAGGAGCUGAAACGCUGGGUAGAUAUCGUUGAAAAGGAUGACAGAGUCCACACCACCGUCUUAGUUGGUAACAUGCAAGACCUCCCAUCUGUUGUCGACGACGAGGUUGCCCUGGCAUUGGCACAAUCACACGGGAUGCACUUUACUACGGUCUCGGCGAAAACAGGACAGAAUGUGCAUGCGUUGUUUCUUACAAUAGGCAAGUUUUGUACAUUUACCCGUGGAUUUGAAAAAAAGGAAAUGCAUUUUCAAGAAGUAUACUUAAAUAAUUUCGAGCGCUCCUGUAUAAAUAUUCACAUUUUGUUUUGAAUUUUCAGCAACGUUAACUCUCUCCAAAAUGAAGACGGAUCAACGUUAUCUUGUGCCCGUAUCGUCAAAGUUCAAUAACAUAAUUAACCCUUAAAGCGCUGGAGCUGAAUUUUAAAGGCCUUUGCAAACAGUUUGGAUCCAGAUGAGACGCCACAGAACGUGGCGUCUCAUCAGGAUCCAAACUGUUUGCUAUUCUGAUAGUAUUCUUUGAAAAAAAUCGAAGAAAAUGCUAAUUUUAGAAAUUCUGCAGACGACAUUUUAGCAGAAGACAAAUUACCCAGCAUGCAAAGGGUUAAGUGGAAAUAACGUGUAAUAUGUUUGACUCCACUUUAUUGCUUAACAUAGAUAUGUGUUCGUUAACUUAAUAGAAUGUAUUGAAAAUGUUAUGUUAUGCAAUUAUAAAUUCAUAUUUAAAUAAACUUACUAUCAUGGAGAAAAAGGCAUACAUUUAUGAUUAAAUCAAGUAAUUUAUGAAUUAGCAAUUAAAACAAAAGUGAAAAUAAUGAUCAAAUCAGACAUGAUAUAUGGUAAUAAAAAUAUUUUGUGACAUCCAUAUCUUUAUGCCAUACACAUACAUUCAGAAGGAUAUCUUAUUGUAAUAAAAAUACUUCCGAAUUAAAAUAAUCUUUUC